AUGAAGCUGCCAUACCUCCUGGGUACCGUGGCCCUGCUCUGUGUGUGUGGCUGUGGUUCUGUCCUUGGCACCUCCAGGGGUGACCUGCGUACCUUUGUGGGCUGUGCAGCGAGGGAGUUCACCUUCCUGGCCAAGAAGCCUGGCUGCAGGGGCCUUUGGAUCACCGCAGAUGCCUGCUGGCGCUGCAUUGAGACCUGGGAGAAACCCAUUCUGGAGCCCCCCUACAUUGAAGCACAUCAUCGAGUCUGUACCUACAAGGAGACCAAGCAGGUGACCAUCAGGCUGCCUCACUGUGUCCCUGGAGUCGACCCCUUCUACACCUACCCCGUGGCUCUCCGCUGCAACUGCGGGGCCUGCUCCACAGCCAGAACGGAGUGUGAGACCAUCUGA